AUGAAGAUUACACGUCAAAGAGCCAGUGGAGGUGUCCAGGUUGCCUUGAGUCUGUCGACAUCGACGUCUGAAACAAGGUGUUUGUCUUCGGUGCACGCUCACGCUACGAUGUACGGGGAGUGGCCCUUUCGUCUUUCUCCAUCAUCCUCGCGCCUCAAAAAAGUCUCUUGUUCCAAGAGAGCCAAUCACUUUUAUCGCAAGGCACCCGAGGUAACAAUGCAUGUCUUUCCGUCGACAGUCUCCCAUGCAUCAAUUCAGAGGGCCGCCAGAAACCGCAGGCACAAGCUGCAUUGA